AUGUGCCCCCGUUCUUGGCCAUGGCUCAUGUGCACCGUGGCUCCUCCAUUUGCCCAUCUCCUUUGUGGGUCCGAUCUCAUCCACCGGGGCGUUGCACCGGGGUGUGUUUCGAUCCGCCGAGGCUAUGCGGAGCUCGCUCCGCUCAUGGGACUGAAGACUGUGACCCUGAGGGACUUCUGGCAGAAGGUGAAGGAGGAUGCGGGAAAUCCCAUGGCACCCUUGGAGCCUUUGCUUCAACAAGGCCUCCCCUUUGCCAGUGACUGGGAUGACCAGAAUGUUCGGCAGGUCCUGCCGGAGUACGAGCCACCAGAGAUUACCAAGGUUCGUUGGGGCUGCCGCGUGGCGCUUUGCGCCGCGCCACCGGUGCCACGUGGAGCUGCAGCCGGCGGCGAAAAAGCGAGACAGUGAGCUGUCGCCGCAUGCAGGGUGAACCUGGAGUCCAAGCAGUUGCGCCUGAAGAUUUGAGCAGAAAGACUUGAAGUUGGCAGCAAAUACAGAUUGGACAUGGGAACAUGCGGGAACA